AUGGACUUUUCUUCUAGGGCCCAUAUCAACUCUCCCGCGGAUAAGUGGACCAAUCCGAGGUUAGAGGCAUUAGACAGGGAGAGCCACUAUGAUGCAGUUAAUGUUGAAGGAAGUGUACAUAGUGAUCCCAACCAAGCUGGCAGGGAAGGCUAUGAAACUGUGAUGGGAUGCAGGUUUAGAAAGGUGCUUUGCUAUUCUGAUUCAAAAACAGCAGAGAAGUGCACUAUGGAGCGCACUGUUCGGAAAGCAAUUUGCCUUGAAAAAUUAGGUUCAACAAAGCAUGAUCAGUUGGAGGAAUUUCAUUUGCCUCCUGCUGAAUUAUAUGCAAUAUUACAAGCAGAUGUUCAGCAUCUUUCAUUCCCUAGGGAAGCUCUCUAG